GUUAUUCUAAAAUAUAAUAAAAUCCGCACAACGUACGGGCUUAAUACUAACUAGUACUUAGGAAGGAGGAAGCCCGUGUAAUUGGGCUAUGAGCCCAUUAUUAGAAUUGUUUUUGAUGGGAAAAAAGGCACAACUCAAGACGUGGAUCGAUUUGCACUGGGUUAAAAACUUAAAAUUAGUUGAAGUGAAAACGAAGGGCUAAAGCUGUAAUUGCAAUUUCUUGGUUAGAAUAUAGGGUUUUGACUUUCCAGUGGCUUCCACCACUGUUCCCAUUUCGUUUUCUUCAUUGUUUCACACUUCACUUCCGCCAGAAGAAUUGAAGCUUCCUUUUUGGUGUUGAUUUACCUGAAUUAUGAUGGCUAAUCCUCUUUCCGAUGAUGAGGCAUUUUCGAAAAUGUUCUCUUCCCGAUUCCUAAUUAUCCCCAAAAAUCACCCCGGCGGCAGCAACUCCUCUGCUCUUGACUCAUCCCCCAAAAAUCACCCCGGCGGCAGCAACUCCUCUGCUCUUGACUCAUCGUCACAGCAACUCUUCAAAAAAAACAAAUCGUCACAGCUGCCUUCUAAAUCAGCAACCUUCAUUGCCGAAAACGAAGAACUCCUGUCCCAGAUUCUGAUCAAACUUCCCCCAAAACCCCUCCUCCGUUUUCAGUGUGUCUCGAAGGCAUGGCUCUCCCUCAUCUCUAAGCCGGAUUUCCGCCGCUGCUGGUCUGCUAUCCGAAGAAACUCCGGCACUGUAAGUCUUCUUUUCUGUCCCAUGGGUAUCAAGGAUAUUGGAAUUCUUUCUCUUGGUUCAGAAGGAGUGGUUUCACCACCGGCCCUCUUUAAUUCGAAUCCUUUGAAGGGUUUUAUUAAGGAUGAGGUUGACAUUUAUAUACAUGGUUGCAAUGGUGUGUGGUGUAUUCAACCUGGGGAGGAUUUUGAUCGCAUUUCCUUUCGGGGGGAUUUUGAUCUUAUGUCCAUUGUUGUUUGCAACCCCACCACUGGGCAACACAGAAAAAUUCUGAUUCCUCACGGUACUGAUUGGCCAAAGGUUCGUUAUUCUAAUAUAGCUUUUGAUCCUCAAAAAUCAGACCAUUACAAACUUGUGUGUUGGGUUACGGACCGAAUGGGUUAUCAUCGAUUCAUGGUCUAUUCCUCAGAAUCUGCGAAGUGGAGGGUUACAGAUGAUCAUCUUGGCAACAAAUCUAGGAUAGAUUUUGAUUAUUUCUGUGAGAAUGGGAUUUUCUGGAACGGGGACCUGUAUUUUAUUGGACGUGGGGAAUCGGAUGAGAUAUCUGUCAUAUGCUUUGAUGUGGAACAUGAAAUUAGACCAUCAGUGCCUCAAAUUCCCAGCAUUGGUAGUGAUAUCUCUUAUUUUGGGGAGGCAGGCGGGGAUUUGUGUAUUGUGAGUUUGAACAAUUCGGAGUCAUUUACCGAGUUUGAUGUUUUUGCACUCAUCAGGGAUCACUCUGAGUGGGCUUUGAAGUAUCGAUUUGAUGUUGCCCCUUUGAUUGCUACAUAUCCUGACAUGGAGAGACUUGAAUUUUGCAUUUCUUCCUUAAUUGUUAGAGGAGAGAGAGCUAUGGUCAUCAUUUCAUUGGCUGGGAAAGUGGUCUCUUGUGAUAUUAGCAGUAUGAUGGUUGAUGAGCUCGUUGAAUUUGAGGGUAAAUUCGAAAAUUACAUAUGGAAUAAUGUUUUCCAGCACGUGGAAUCCCUUGCAUUGGUCUGACCUUAUGAGCGUCUUUGAGUCUUUGGAGCUUGCUUGCAAACAAAAUUGAAGAUGUUCUUUUUGCUUUAUCUGGAAGAAGCAAGGAGUUGAUGGAGAUAUGGACGUUGGUAAUGAUCAUUCGUACUUCUUUUGUUGCUAGUAUUAUGCUAGUAGGUAGCUUUGCUAAUAUUAUGUUAGUAGGUGUUAGAGCUAUGUUAAUUAUGGUGAUGUGCAAUCAACUAAUUACUCCCUUUGGUGGCAACGGACUGGAGAGCUUAUUCCCUAAUGUUAUUCCCUAAUGUUAUGUCAGUAGGCAGUAGGUAAUAGAGCUAUUUAGUAGUACUUGGUGGCUUCUUAUUGCUGAUAGUGAUAUUAUGGUAAGCGGUAGUAUAGCUAUUUGGUACUUGUGUCUCCUUUUGUUUUGAAGCUUUCCGUGUUGGAGAUGGUUUGCUUAUGAAUGGGAAAAACUGAAAAAGUAGUUAUGGCUAUGGGCUUGUGGUUAUUUUUUUAUUUGUCAAAUCUAAUUCAUGGAUGAAACUUUUGAAUGGCGAAUUCAAACGAUAUAUAUUUAUCCUUUUCUAAA